AUUGUUGAUGGAGGUGAGAAUGUUAUUUUGACAUUUUCACAUUGUUUUUAAAGAGGAUUUCAUUUUGUGACCAUCUUGUAGUAGCAAUAGUUUUUCACUUGUAUAGUUAAAUUCAAUUUUUAGUGUUCUGAUUACGAAAACUGGGUUCUGUUUGUCGCCAUGAUCAAGUUAACGGAAGAGAUGGUUAUUGCCCGUACAAGGAUUUCAGACUUAUCUAGUGUAAAGAAACUGAAUUGUUGGGGAGCUGAUCUACAAGACGUAUCUCUGCUAAGGCGGAUGCCAAAUGUAGAAGUUCUCGCGCUGAGUGUCAAUCAAAUAAGAUCAUUGGCUGAUUUUCAAAACUGUUACCAAUUACAAGAGCUUUAUAUUCGCAAAAACAAUAUCAAAGAUCUACGGGAUGUAUGCUACCUUAGAGGCUUAUCAAGUUUAAGAAAUUUGUGGCUCGCAGACAAUCCAUGUUCUCAAGAAGAUGGUUAUCGUUUGGCUGUUCUGCGAGCUCUCCCUCAGCUUGAAAAAUUGGAUGAUGUACCAAUUAAACCAGAAGAAAUUGAAGAGGCCGCACGUAAAGGUCGUGAUUUAGUAUUACCUAUGAAAGAAGAUGACCAAUCAGAAAAUUAUGAUUUUCCUUCAAAUCUAUCAAACAAUCACGACUUGGUUUCAUUGGAUCCAUUGCCUCAGAUCAAAGAUAAAGAACCCAUUUCAAGAAGGUCUUCUGAAGUGAUGAUUGCGCCAACAAAUCAUUCUGUAAAAAGUAGUCCUAUGACUACAUCGCCUGAUUUGCGUGAAACCAAUGAGUCACCGGUACUUGUGCCUGAAGAAGUGAAUGUUACUCAUCAACCUCCUCAAGAAGAAGUCAAUACGCGUAGGUUCAGUGUAAUUGCAACAGCAGUGUCACCUCAACAGGAAAAAUCUCUACAUUCAGAAUCAGCGCCCGCAUCUCGGCGUGCUAGUGUGGCCGUCUCAUCAUUUUCUGCUGGUCCUGAUCAUUCGUCAUUUAAUACGAUCCCCCCCGAACAAUUCAGUCCAUCGAAAUGCCCCAUACAUCAAAAUUCAAUUCUUCAAUCGACCCCAACGAAUGUGCAGCAGACAACUUCGGCGUCUCAGCCAGAUCUACACAAUGUUGCAGCUAUAAAUGACUCUCGAAGCAGUUUUGUUGACCAGAGGCCUUUUAGAAUAGUCCAAGACUUUCCGCAAUCUCGGAAUUCACCAUCGAAUUUUCAAUCAUCAGGAUAUAUUUCCCAGAAUCCACCGAUGCCCAGCUAUGUGGCUCCAUCACCGGGCCAAAAUUCCGAAAGAUGUAGUCCUACCCGUACCGGCGGAAGAGUCCGUAAUAGAGCUUCAAACUUGCUGAUGGCGGCCUUAUGCUUAGUGAAUGAGUUGGAUUACGGUAGUUUAGAAGUUCUUUCGAUGGCCGUUCGCAACCGCUUAGACGAAUUUGACAGUAAUUGAAAGAAUUUGUCAUUGAUUUUACUUAUUGUUCCGUCCGGUAUUAUAGUCAGUUUGUAUGGAUGACGACGUGGUGUUAAGUGAGCUCCAUCUUACUGAUUCCUAACUCUAAAUUUUCAUGUACAUCUUUUUUUUUAAUUUUUUCAUGAAAUUUUAUUUUGUUUUAUUUUUCUAUCCCCGCUUUGGUGCUAAUUUAAAAAGCCGAGGGGUUGGUUUUGUUUUGCUAACUGCCUUAAAUAAAAUGUAACAUUUACCAAUGACAAUAAUCAAUAAGUGAAACCAAACUGAAUAAAAUAUAUUUUUUACUCAUCA